AUGAAAUUUUUACAAACCUUCAAAUCGUGUUCCAUAAUUGGGCUGAUAAUAUCACUGACCAGUAACAUAGGUCUAGUAGAGGCGAAAAGGAAGCUAGUAGCGACGUCAUUAGUCACAUGUAUGGAAAACUCCCAACUGUCAGCAAACAGUUUUGAUGUCGUCUUUGACCCGGACGACAGGUCGCUACACUACAACCUUGACAUGACAACCCAGAUUGACUCUUUCAUCUAUGCUGACAUCGAUGUAUAUGCAUACGGUUUCAGGAUCAUUACUAAAAACGUUGAUCUUUGUGCAAUCGAGUGGAAACAGUUCUGCCCCGUUCAUCCAGGUAACAUCCAAAUCAASUCGAUUGAAUAUAUCUCUAAGAAAUACGUAGACGACAUUCCCGGUAUUGCAUACCAGGUCCCAGAUAUUGACGCGUACGCUAAGGUCAGGAUCACGAACAAUGUUAGUGAUUAUCUAGCCUGUAUUCAAAUAUACUUUUCCAACGGAAAGACCGUUUCUCAGAUUGGUGUGAAAUGGGCAACCGCGGUGGUAGCGGGUAUUGGUCUUUUAUUAUCUGCCAUCUUAUCCACGUUUGGAAACUCUACCGCCGCUUCGCAUAUUUCCGCCAACACGAUGUCACUUUUCUUAUAUUUCCAAUCGGUAGUCGUGGUCGCAAUGCAGCAUGUCCAUCGGGUUCCACCCAUUGCUGCUGCUUGGGCGGAAAAUCUGGUUUGGUCAAUGGGGUUGAUUAGAAUCUCAUUCAUGCAAAGAAUUUUCCGUUGGUAUGUACAGUCCACAGGCGGCACGCCAAGUUUGUAUUUGACCUCUACUUCCAUGUCUGUCUUGGCUCAAAGAAGCUGGGACUAUUUAAUGGAAUUUUCCUUAAUGAAAAGAGCCACCAACGUCUUAUAUGGAAAUUCUAAUACAUUGAUUUUUAGAGGUAUCAAGAGACUGGGAUAUAAAAUGAAGAUUGAAAACACAUCCAUCGUUUGUACCGGUUUCACCUUCUUCGUUUUAUGUGGUUAUGUACUUGCUGGAUUUAUCGUGAUCGUGAAAUGCUGUGUGGAAUUGGCCGUUAGAUUGGGUUGGAUUGAAAAGACAAGAUUUUGGGAGUUUAGGAAACAGUGGAAAAUAAUAUUAAAGGGCGCUUUAUUAAGAUAUAUAUACAUCGGUUUCGUUCAGUUAACAAUCCUAAGUUUCUGGGAAUUCACCGAGAGAGACUCAGCUGGUGUUAUCGUUAUCGCUUGUCUAUUCAUUCUUCUGUCAUGUGGAUUAAUGCUUUGGGCUGCGUGGAGAACCGUGUUUUUUGCAAGAAGAUCUGUUGCAAUGUACAAUAACCCAGCUGCUUUAUUAUAUGGUGAUGAAUAUGUGUUACACAAAUACGGAUUUUUCUAUACAAUGUUUAACGCCAAUCACUAUUGGUGGAACAUUGUCCUUUUGUCCCACAUAUUUGUAAAAUCAUUAUUGGUUGGAUUUGCUCAAGCUUCCGGUCAAACUCAAGUUCUCUUCAUGUUUAUACUGGAUCUGCUUUAUUUUAUCGCCAUCAUCUACUAUAAGCCCUAUCUGGAUCGUCCAACAAACAUAAUGAACAUUUUGAUUUCCACCGUCACAGUGGUUAAUUCCUUCCUUUUUAUGUUUUUUUCAGAUCUGUUUAACCAAAGCUACAAGGUAUCAGCCAUCAUGGGAUGGAUUUUUUUUAUCAUGAAUGCUGCAUUCUCGUUCAUUUUAUUAUUAAUGAUAUUGGCAUUUGCCGGUAUGAUACUCUUCUCAAAGAAUCCUGAUCUAAGAUUCAAACCUGCAAAGGAUGAUAGAACCUCCUUCCAAAGGAACACUAUGAAACCAGAAGGUACCGUCAACAGAUCUGUAGCCAACGAAUUACUUGCUUUAGGCAACGUUGCAAGGGAUCAUAACGACAAUUCGGAUUACGAAUCAAAUAAUACUGGAAUGAACGAUGAGCCAAAACAAGUGCAAGAUGAAACCACUCCCACAACGUUCACCUCAAGUGAUGAGAACAAACCCUCUUUGACAGAAAAAAUAUUUAGCAAAUUCACAAGACAGAAGAACAACAAUGCAAGUACAGAUGUUUUAAAGGAUGAAAAUUCUAAUCAACAAACAUUUCCCCACAACCUAACAAAUCUUUCGCGCGAAAACCUGUCAACAUUAACAAUGGGUUCCAAAUCAUACCCAGGACACACAAGGACACAGUCUGACGCACAUAAUGGAUUGAUAAACUCUUUUGAGGAAGAAGACACAAGCUCAACUGCAGACCCUUUCCACGACUCCACUGAAGGAGACCUUUUAGAUACCUCAAGCUCAGAUGGAGGAUUCGGAUCACAAAACUUUGUUAGAGAUGACAGUAUGAAUAGUUUAGGAAAUAAUCAACAACCAGUAAGGAAACCACCAGGAUUUUUUGAUGAAGGUUUCAUGUGA